CCCAGUGUGCGGUACAUCAUCCAAUUCCAACCAAAAAAUCAACCUCUGCAAAAUACAAAACCAAAUAUCCAUCCGUCCCUCCCCUCAUCCAACCAUGUCAGGCAAAGGCCGUAUGCUGAAGAACGUCAAGAAGUUCGCUGACUUUCAAUACAAAAUCUUCACAGAAAAAUAUGGCCAGCAGCUCAUUGACAUUUUCGAGUUCCCUGUCAAGCUUGUCCUCUCUCCUUUCACUCUUGCUUUCGACAUUGCCGGCUCUGCUCAUCGUGGCUUUGGCGUUCCCGAGUUGGUUUCCAAGCUAUCUUACAUGUCAAUCUUUGCAGUUGCUACUUUAGGGACUUAUGACAUAGCAUUAGAGAUGGGAAAGAAGGUGAUAUGCCAAAGGAACUGCGGAACCUGCAAUGGUUGGCAGGCAUUGCGGUGUACCAUGUGCAGAGGAUCAGGGAGGGUGCAAUACCAAGUGAAGAAUUACACCUCGAGAAGUGGAGAGAAAGCAACAGCUGAAUGUAUUGCAGAUGCCAUUGCUGAUAAUCGGGCUGAGUUGGUUCACCUUCCAUCCGCCAUAAAUCUUGAUGCGCCAUUGCCAUCUAAAGAGUGCCCAACCGUGAUGGCACGGGUGUGAUGACUGUACGGAGUGCAAGGACAAAUUACAAGUCAGAAUCUCUGCAGAUGAUAAGGGCAGUGUGUUAUUUGGUGACUGUUGUGGGCAUGGCCUUGCUAGAGAAGAUGCUUUGUGUCUGAAGAUAGCCAGUCUCGCAUUGGAUCUAUAAACUUUUGAAUGAUAAUGAUUUGGUUGUGUCUGAAGAUAGCCAGUCUUGCUAGAGAAGAUGCUUGGUUCAGGAAUCUAUGCUGUACGAUCAACUUCGUGAUGUGGUGGCCAAGCGAAAACCUGGCUGGGAGCAGUUGCACGAAGUCUUGAUCUCCAUAGAUCCUGCUCGAGCCAAGGAAGAUCCUGUUAUUGUGAAAAAAAUUUCUUACUAUAAAGCGAAGAAGGCCCUUGAAACAGAAGUCAUGAAACUUGAUCCUCCACCAAGGCCACAAAUUGGGUGUA